CAACUUGCAAAUGGAGAUAGAGGCUUUGAGAAUGUGGAGCUGGGUGUCAUAGGAAAGAAGAAGAAAAUUCCAAGGAGGGUUAUUCAUUUUGCAAGUGGAGAAACAAUGGAAGAGUAUAGCACAGAUGAAGAGGAAGAUGAACAAGAGAAAAAAGACCUGUUGCCACCUGUAGAUCCUACAACGCUCACAUGGGGACCCUACUUGUGGUUUCACAUGCUGCGAGUUGCUACAUCAACCUUAUCAGUGUGUGAUUUCCUCGGGGAAAAGAUUGCAUCUGUUCUGGGGAUAAGCACACCAAAAUACCAAUAUGCCAUUGAUGAGUAUUACAGAAUGAAGAGAGAGGAGGAAGAAGAGGAACAGGAAAACAGGAUGUCAGAAGAAGCAGAAAGACAGCAUCAGGAACAGCAGAACAAGCCACAAGCUGAAGCUCCUGUCCAGACAGACCAGCCUGAAGCAACAGCAUGCACUUCAUUCGUGAAUGUAAACUUUGAAAAUGAGGGAGAUUGCCCAUCCGUUGGGGAAAAUAAACAAGAUGUAGUUCCUGUCCCUCCUUAAGUGUAAAGCUCCAUGUAAUGUAGGAAAUAGGAAGCGUCAGGUGUCACAAUCUGGCUGUAAGAAGCAGGAAAGAUAGGAUUAUACUUGUUCAGUGAAAUACAACUUCUAGCAUUCUUAUUGAUCAGGAGAGAGCUAGGCAAUGUCUGUUCAGUCUGUCUGCCUAAUAACAGCUGAGGCAUUCUGCCAAAUUGUCACUUCAGUGAAAAUGAAAAUUGCACUACAAACAUUUGGUGUAAAAUUGAAUGUGUGAGCUAAUUUCUGUGUAAAGCAAGUAAAAAUGUCUUGUCUUUGAAUUGCUGUGUCUCUAACACCUGUGGAUUGCAGAUGCAGUGCUGUUUCCUACUUCUAAACACCUAUUUCUGAUUUGCACAUUGUUUGCAACUUGGCUCUCUAUGAAUAGAUUAAUAGGAAUCAAUAUCCUGUAACUCACAAGUCAUAAUAGCAUCUGAGUUCCCCUAUUUAUUGUCACUAUUGUAUGCAUGGAUUUUUUUUCUGUUGUUGUUUAACACAAGAGAUGUUAGAUUUAAUGUUAAUUAGAUUUAAG